GCCACGGAGGCGGCACCGGCUGCUUUUCUGGGGAACUCUGCUCUGGAAAACUGAGCGGGGAAAAUGGAUAAUGCUGUUGAUGGAUUGGAUAAGGCUUCGAUUGCCAACUCRGAUGGGCCGGCCCCAGGAUCCCAAACUCCUCCCUUCAAGAGAAAGGGCAAACUCUCGACCAUUGGCAAAAUCUUUAAGCCUUGGAAAUGGCGGAAGAAGAAGACAAGUGACAAAUUCAGAGAAACAUCAGCAGUGUUGGAAAGGAAGAUUUCAACAAGACAAAGCAGAGAGGAGCUGAUAAGAAGGGGAGUUCUGAAGGAAAUGCCUGAGCAAGAUGGUGAUGUAACAGUAAACUUUGAAACCUCAAAUGGACACACCAUAGCUAUCAGUGAAGAAACCAUCUCAGAAGAAAACAUUGUAAAAGCCAGUGGAGAUAAUGGUACUUUAGCAGAGAAAGAAUCUGCAUUGGAAGGAAGAAAAGAAGAUCAAAAAGAGAGCACUACUGAUCCCUGCCCAGAAAUCCCGGCAUCUCAUGCUCCACCACUACCCAGGCCUAAGCCUAAAACUAAAAAAGCUCUGCUACCACCAAAAAAUGCUAUUGCUGCUUCCACCACCACCAGCCAUAAGAGUAACGAUGCACCUCAUGCUAAAAAAAAGGGAAAGGCUCCUGCUAAGCAGCCUCCUCUCCCACCUCCCAAGCCAACAAGCCACAGUGCAAAUCGAGAAGCUGCUAGUUCCUCACAUGCAAAAAAACCAACAGUCUCCAAGUCCGCUGUAUCACCAUCUCCUUCGUCCACAUCAUCUCAUCCCAAAGUCUCUAAGGAGACAUCCAGCAAAUCAGGCACAUCAGGGACUCCCAGAGGCAAGAAAAAACCUGGGAAACAGUCAGCCCCACGAACAGCACCAGAUGGGGCUGCUGCUUCUCCCUCAGGUGCCACAGCCAACAGGUCGGAAUUGAAGGCGGAAAAAUCUGAGCCUGAGCAACCUUCCAUAGUGAUUUCUGAAACUGAGGACACAGACCAGCAGAGCAAACUGGUUGUCCCCCCUCCUCCCACUGUUGCCCCUCCACCUCCUCCGCCUCCACCUCCUUUUCCUGCUGGAGUCAAUCAGUCCAGUGUCUCAGGUGCACAAGCCACGUCAGACAGCUGCAGACCAGGGCCAUUUGUUGCUGGAUCAGAUUAUAAACCUCUUCUCCAGACUGAACAUGGCACAGAUGAGAACCUGAGCAGUACAGCCCUACACAAUAGUCCUGAUGCUGCGGGAGAAGACGUGGAAAGAGAAGACGAAGAGGAGCAGGCAUCUGCCCAAACACAUGCUGAACCAGGGGAGGAAGCUUCGGAAGCCGCAGCCUCUCCAGAGAGUGGAAGCAACAGAGACAGCCACAGCAGUGACUCGGACUCCGAUGGGCCUGUACUCUACACAGAUGAUGAUGAUGACGACGAAGAUGAUAACGAAACUGCUGAAAGCUCUUUGGCAAGCAAAAUUCGUCGCAGGGAUACUCUUGCUAUCAAACUUGGCAACAGACCAUCCAAGAAAGAAUUGGAAGACAAAAACAUCUUGCAGCGCACAUCUGAAGAGGAGAGGCAGGAAAUCAGACAUCAGAUUGGAACAAAACUAGUGAGGAGACUUAGCCAGAGGCCUACAACUGAAGAGCUAGAGCAAAGAAAUAUCCUAAAACAGAAGAAUGAAGAAGAAGAACAGGAAGCCAAAAGAGAAAUAAAACGUAAACUCAGUAGAAAGCUCAGUCUGAGRCCUACAGUGGCUGAACUUCAAGCAAGAAGAAUCCUCCGCUUUAACGAAUACGUGGAGGUAACGGAUUCUCCAGACUAUGACCGGCGUGCAGACAAGCCUUGGGCCAGGCUGACGCCCGCAGACAAGGCAGCAAUACGGAAAGAACUGAAUGAAUUCAAAAGCACAGAAAUGGAAGUACAUGAGGAAAGCCGGCAGUUUACCAGGUUUCAUCGUCCGUAAUUUUUGGCUACAUCCCAUAUUUCAUGCAGCAGUUUUCUUUGGGGAAAUCGUUGCGUCCUGAAGACUGCAGAUUGCACUGGAACUUGACUGAGUGUGAGUGUGUGUUGGAGCUUACCCUGAGCUGACGAAGGAUGUGGCCCUCAUCUUAAUCUGUGAACAAAAGAUGUGACCAGGAGGUGGAAUCCUAUGAACUAAGAAGUAUCUCAAUGUUAGGAAAGCCCAUGGUCUCUGGCUAGCCCACAAAGACAAAUCCAUGGUCUCUUCCAUCGGAGCUGGAUGAGACRGGAAGAGCUGAAGACGAUCGCUGGGGAGCCCGAGAGCCUCUUGCCAGGAGCUCCGUGGACCUUAGAGGGUUGUCACUGAGGGUGGCCGAGCAGAGGGACAGUGAAAAGGACCGAGAGAGUGCGGGAUGGGAGACUCCACUUGCCAGUCAGCAGAGAAAAGUGGAACGGAUGGAACUGUUACUGAUAUUCUUGGCCAGUGGGAGGAAUUAUUUAAAAAAAAAUCUGAGCGUAUGAGCAGCUGUGCAUGUGUGUUUUUAGUGGCUGCAGCCUGUCUUUGCAAGAUAGGAAGCCACAAGUCCUCAUAUCAUCAGUACUUUAGUGAUGAACUGUAAUUUUCUCUGGUGCCAGUAAACCCAGUUGCCAGAAAGUCCUAGUAUAACUCAGAUGUCUCUUUU